AUGUCGCAAACCCAGAGCCAGGGAGCUACCCUGUCCAGCCUACCCGACGAACUGCUAACUCCCAUUCUGCGGGAAUCGGUCAAGAUCGACUACGUUCCUGUCUUGAGGCACUCCAAAACACAUAUUUUCAAGCCAUGUGAUUCUCCCACGACGACAGCGCUGGCUCUCACCUGCCGACGCUUCCAUCGGCUCGUCACGCCGCUCCUCUACUCCGAAAUUGAAAUUCAGUGCAAUGGUGCGUGCGAAGACAAGUUUGAGGAGAUCUGGGUGACCAAGCACCUGCAUCGCACGUUCAGCACGACCCCUUCACUGAGGACACACUGCAAGAGACUUGAGAUUGAGUUUGGUUCCUCCAAGCAAAUUUCCAGGGCAUUCUUUGAUAGAGAGUCGCCUCAGAGAAACCUCUUCCACAUUGCCUUCGACUUUAUCAAGUGGCUCACCAACAUUGAAGAGCUUCGCAUUGCUGGCUGGCCACAGUAUCCAGACUCCUGGAGGCAGGGCCUUCCUGUUUUAGCUCCUUCCAGGGAUGAUUAUCUUCAACUUCUGUCCCUCGCGUCGGAACGUCUGACCAGUCUACGACACUUGGAGCUAGCCACGCACAGUGCAGCCGCUCUAGAUCUGCCGGUCCUGUCCACCGCACUCGGUGGGCUGGACACUAGCGCAUGCCUUCGGACACUGGAUAUCAGUGGGAUCUCCAGCUUUGGAACUAAUCAGGACUGGGAGCUGCUGAGGACUCGAGCAGGCACUGCGUCGUUCACCCAGCUCAAAUUAAGACAUUUCAACUUGGGACCGACGGCACUUCUGGCGCUCGUCAUGUGGCCAGCCAAAUUGACAUCGUUUCAGUUUGCAGUACCUCUGUCUAACCACAAUUCUUGGCAACAUGGCGUGAUGGCAUACAACUUGGGCAUAAUGCAGGCCAUCCUAUCCCAGCAGAAAGAUUCACUUACCUAUAUCAGGAUGGACCAACUUUUGCAGCAAGGGCUCUACAGCUUCAACAUGGCUGAAUUUCGCAGCCUAAAGGUUCUAUGGUUGGCGCAUGACUUAACUGGAACCGAUCCUGAGUCUGUUGCCAAUCUUCUUGCACCCAACUUGGAGGUGUUUCAUUGGAACCUGAUGCUUGAAGACCAGAGGCGGGGAGAGAGCCUUGAUACGUUCGAGAAGCGUGAGGAAGACUGGCUCAGGGCAUUCGCAGCCGCCGCCAUCGCGGGCAAUUCGACUCUUCGCCAUAUCAAAAUCAGAUUCCUCCCCGAGGCACAGAUCUUCCGUGAAGACAAGACGGGUGUUGAGUAUCCUUGGGAUCGGAUGGAUAGGAUUGCGAGCGAGAUUCAACCUCACGGGAUCCAUUUGUCAUAUAGCCCCAUAAGCGUUAGCAGGGAGAGGUUCAAUGCCCUGGUCAGGGUCCCCAAACGCUGGCAAUCAAUAGUAUCGUGGGCCAAAGCGUUGCAACGGCCAGGCAGUGCUCCUCCUUGA